UGUUUCUCACGUUCUUUCACUUUGUGAAAGUUUCUAUGAGGUGCGAAUGCGGCUGUUUCCUGUAGGGUGUUUUAAACUGAAUGAAUUUACAAUCCCGAUCUCCUCGAACCUCCAACAAACACAGAGAUGGCAGAGAUAGUCAUGUCUCCAGUAAUCCAGCCUUACCUCCAACCGGGGAUGACCAUAGUCCAGCCAGAUGCCAUGUCUCCAACAAUCCAGCCUGAGUAUCAGCAGGUGAUGACUGUAGUCCAGCCAGAUGCCAUGUCUCCCACAAUCCAGCCUCAGUAUCAGCAAGGGAUGACCAUAGUCCAGCCAGAUGCCAUGUCUCCAACAAUAAUCCAGCCUCAGUAUCAGCAAGGGAUGACCAUAGUCCAGCCAGAUGCCAUGUCUCCAACAAUAAUCCAGCCUCAGUAUCAGCAAGGGAUGACCAUAGUCCAGCCAGAUGCCAUGUCUCCAACAAUCCAGCCUCAGUAUCAGCAAGGAAUGACCAUAGUCCAGCCAGAAGCCAUGUCUCCAACAAUAAUGCAGCAGCCUCAGCCUCAGCAGGUGAUGACCGUGGUCCCUCCAGAAGCCAUGUCUCCAACAAUAAUCCAGCAGCCUCAGCCUCAGCAGGUGAUGACCGUGGUCCCUCCAGAAGCCAUGUCUCCAACAAUAAUCCAGCAGCCUCAGCAGGUGAUGACCAUGGUCCCUCCAGACGCCAUGUCUCCAACAAUAAUCCAGCAGCCUCAGCCUCAGCAGGUGAUGACCGUGGUCCCUCCAGAAGCCAUGUCUCCAACAAUAAUCCAGCAGCCUCAGCAGGUGAUGACCAUGGUCCCUCCAGACGCCAUGUCUCCAACAAUAAUCCAGCAGCCUCAGCAGGUGAUGACCGUGGUCCCUCCAGAUGCCAUGUCUCCAACAAUAGUCCAGCCUCAGCCUCAGCAGGUGAUGACCGUGGUCCCUCCAGACGCCAUGUCUCCAACAAUAAUCCAGCCUGAGCCUCAGCAGGUGAUGACUGUGGUCUCUCCAGUCCAGGCCAUAGUCCCACAAACUCAAGCAGUGGUGACUCAACCUAAUCUGAGAGAUAUACCAGCGAAGUUCACGUGUUCUUACUGCCUUGUGGACAUCAUCACGGUGACGCGGUACAUGGCUGACCCCACGGUGAACUGCGGCCUGUUCGGGAGCAGCUGUACAUUUAACGUCUGGCCGUGGUGUCUGGUCCCGUGCAGGUCCUGUACAGAUGUGGAGCACAAAUGUCCAAACUGCCACAACGUCAUCUACGUCUUCAAGCGGCAGUCGUGACGCAAUGCAUCAUGGGAACUUCAGGAGACUUUCACUACUGUGAAAAUGUUGAAAUUAAGAUUUUGGGUGCUGUAUCAAAUCUCAGAGCACAGUAAUAAAUACUGUAGAUACUGUAAUUUCCGGGCUAAAAGACACUACUUUUUUUACAUGCUUUGAAUGCGGAUAGUUGAUUAUUUUAUACAUUUUUUUUUACGAUCUAACGAGCUUCAUGCCGCACAAAACAUUUAGUCACAUAAGUGAGAAUUUUGGAAAUCUAAGCUAACUGUAAAUAAACUAAAGUGCUUUACUCACCCAAAUAAACAGUUUUUCAGGAGAGAAA